AUGAAGGGCCUUGGAACUGAUGAAGACACUCUGAAUGAAAUUUUGGCAUCAAGAACUAACAGAGAAAUCAGAGAAAUUAACAGAGUCUAUAGAGAAGAACUGAAGAGAGACCUGGCUAAAGACAUCACUUCAGACACAUCUGGAGAUUACCAGAAGGCUUUGCUUUCUCUUAUUAAGGGUGACCGAUCUGAGGAUUUUAGCCUAAGUGAAGACUUGGCCGACUCAGACGCCAGGGCAUUAUAUGAAGCAGGAGAAAGGAGAAAAGGGACAGAUGUGAAUGUGUUCAAUACCAUUCUUACCACCAGAAGCUAUUCCCAUCUUCGCAGAGUGUUUCAGAAAUAUGCCAAGUACAGUAAGCACGACAUGAACAAAGUUUUGGACUUGGAGAUGAAAGGUGACAUCGAGAAAUGCUUCACAACAAUUGUAAAGUGUGCCACAAACCAGCCAAUGUUCUUUGCUGAGAAGCUUCAUCAGGCCAUGAAGGGUGCUGGAACACGUCAUAAGGCAUUGAUCAGAAUUAUGGUUUCUCGUUCUGAAGUCGACAUGAAUGAUAUCAAAGCAUGCUAUCAGAAGUUGUAUGGUAUCUCUCUCUGCCAAGCUAUCUUGGAUGAAACCAAAGGAGAUUAUGAGAAAAUCCUGGUGUCUCUCUGUGGAGGACAGUAA